UUUUGAAGCCCACACACUUCCUCCAUCAGACGGAUCAGCCACAAACAGAGACAGCCUGCUGCUGCUGCCUUUCAGGAAUCCAACUUAAACCCUGCUGUCACACUCAGGGAACACGGCCGGUCCUGCGGCAUGCCGUCUGUCACUGUCUUCUUCUGCUAAACAACUUAUUAAACAUUGGCCUAUUUUUGUUCCCAGGCGAGGGAGUUUUCUCCUCAGCUCAAAGGUUUGAGUCUUGGAUCGAGUUAAACGGAUUAAAGAAAGAGUGAAAGAUGAAUAACAGCUCAGCAAACUGCAGAGCCGGAACCAGCAUGUCGGGGAUAACAGGAAGCACCACCAACUACUUGUGGUCGGUACAUGACGUCCUCGGUCAAGGGGCCACCGCCAGCGUGUACAAGGCGCGUAACAAGAGAUCCGGCGAGCUGGUGGCUGUCAAAGUGUUCAAUGUGCUGAGCUACAGCCGCCCCCACGAUGUCCAGAUGAGGGAGUUCGAGAUGCUCAGGAAGCUGAACCACAGCAACAUUGUGAGACUGUUUGCUGUUGAGGAGCUGCAGACGAAGCAGAAGGUUCUGGUGAUGGAGUACUGCUCAGGAGGGAGUCUCCUCAACCUGCUGGAGGAUCCAGAGAACGCCUUCGGCCUGCCUGAAGCGGAGUUCCUCACCGUGCUUCAGUGCAUCGUGCAGGGUAUGAACCAUCUGAGGGAGUACGGGGUGGUACAUCGGGACAUCAAGCCGGGGAACAUCAUGAGGCAAGUGGGAGAAGAUGGCAAGUCUGUCUACAAGCUGACGGACUUUGGAGCAGCUCGAGAGCUGGAGGACGACGAGAAGUUUGUGUCUAUUUAUGGAACUGAAGAAUAUCUGCACCCAGACAUGUAUGAACGCGCCGUGCUUCGUAAGCCUCAUCAGAAAUCCUACGGCGUGAGCGUGGACUUGUGGAGUAUCGGCGUGACCUUGUACCACUCCGCCACAGGGAGUCUGCCUUUCACGCCGUACGAAGGACCCCGUAAAAACAAACUCACCAUGUACAAGAUAACCACAGAGAAACCCAUGGGGGCGAUAGCCGGUACUCAGCAGGUGGAAGGUGGUCCCAUACAGUGGAGCUACCACCUGCCGUACAGCUGCCAGCUCUCUCAGGGUCUGAAAGUCCUUCUAGUUCCGGUGCUCGCAGGCAUAAUGGAGGCUGACCAGGGGAGGUGUUGGGGUUUCGACCAGUUCUUCACAGCCACUACUGACAUACUGCAGCGGCAGCCGGUUCAUCUGUUCUCCCUGCAGCAGGCCGUGGCUCACAGCAUUUACAUACAUCACUACAACACAGUGUCGGUGUUCUUUGAAGAGGUGGCGGCCCAGACUGGUAUUGGCAUCCAGCAGCAGCAGCUCAUGUACCUGGGUCAUGACCUGGUUCUGGAGGGCGCCAUGAAGGUGGUGAACCUUCCCUGUACUUCAGCGUCUCAGCCUCUUAUUCUGCUCAGCAGCGCGCCGGAAACCAACACCAGCCUGCCCUUCAGAGAACCGGAGACGCCCCCCAUCCCAUCCAGGUUUGACGUGGUGACGGAUUAUAAUUUCUCCAAGGUAACAGUGGGAAUAGUCCACCAGUACAAGAGGAUCGUACAGCAGCUUCACACGUACAGAGAGCUGCUGCUGCAGGGCUACCACAGCUACAUGAUGAAGUUGCGUCAUGAGUGCACAGAGGCCAUGCACAGCAUUGCAAUAAUCACCAUUCGACUGCAGUCCUGCCUCAGUGCGGAGCACAGGAUCCACAAACUAGCUUCUUUCUCUGAAAAUCAAGGCUCCGUUGAUGGCUUGAGUCAAAAGCUGCACCUGAUUCAUCAGCACCUGCCUAUUUAUUCUGCUGGGAUCCGGGAGUUUCAGACCCAGCUGGAGCACCUGCAGAUACAGCAGGCCAAGCUGGCCGAGACCCUCACACAUGAUAAGGGCUGUCAGAAGAUGCAGAUGCUGCUGGAGAAGAUAACGGCAAUUCAUCAGCAGUAUCGCAAAGACAGGCUCACAGGAAAACUUGCUUAUAAUGACGAACAAAUACACAAGUUUGAGAAAAUCCACCUGUCCUCCCACAUUAAGCGGGUGAAAUCUCUAUUCAGGGAGGAAUGUUUGCUGAGAUAUAAAGACCUGUUGGCUUCAACAAGGACGUGGAGCAGUGUGUUACUGGAGAUGCAGAACCGACUGCGGGAUUUUAAUUCUUUCUCGGCCGGCUUACUAGCAGACUUGGAAACGAGCGAGCAGCAGCAGAAUAAGGCAGUGGACAGGAUCCUCAACUCUCCACAGUUUGGUCGAGCUGAGCAGCAACCUGAAAUCACACCCAGGGACAAGGACCAGAUGGUCUCCAGGAUGCACAGCUUGAGGGACGAAAUGGAGCUUUUGGUUCGAGAACUGCAGUGCAACAACAGCAUCAUAGAGAGCCUGGGAGCCAUGAGCCCCUCAGCAGCUCUGGAUGCCGGUCCAACCAGACCCUCCACCCUGUGACAAUCACCAACAAAAAGAGGAAGCAGUCAGAGAGAUAAAAUGUGAAUCUGAAUAUUAGUGGGUUGUAGUUUAGAGCUCGGGUGUUUGUUUGUUUUUUUUGUUUUUUCCCCUGUCUCCAUUGGAAGAGUGUUUGCUGACUGAGUGAAACGGUUCAAUACAAAGGUCAUUAAUGCCUUUUGUGUUAUUGUAUUUUUAAUAGGCUGCCAUAGUGAGAGACUGGGGAUGAAACCAAGCAAUGCUCUGUCAGCAGCUGGAAUGUUUUAUUUCAUUUCAUUUCCUGUUUUCCCUUCCACUGAAAAAGCCACUUGAGAUUCCAACCAUUCUGCCUCUGUGAGUGCAUUUAUAUAUGAAUACUGACAUUCCAGAUUAGAGGAUGAAAGGCAUUGAUAUU